AUGCACAUGCAAAUGUCCUCGUUUAAAAACCAAAUAAUUUCAGUGCAGAGUUUUGGUCCAGUUGAGAAAAUAAAAAUCCAUCAAAAUAGCAGCGUCGACGUUCAAAGGAACCUUCACAAGUACAUCAACUAUCAAACUCUCAGCAGCAGCAGCAACAGCAGCAACUACAACAUCAACAUGAAGCACAGCAACGCCACAAGUAGCAACCAACACAGCACCAUUGCCGACCAACAACUUUAUAUUAACGUCAGUAACACAACGGUUCGCAUGUCGACGAAAAAUCGCGUGUACGUAAUGAACGCUGGCGACGCAAUCCAUCUCGAAUGCAGUUUCAGUGCCGACAAGGACUUCAAUCUUUUCCAUCAUUACAUGGUCUGGAAGAAAGAGCAACUGAGCGAAUCCACACAAAUAAACAUGUUGGUGCACGUACUGGAGCCAUUCCUAUCCACGCGACGAUUCAACGUGUCCUUCGCCCAAAAACACAACAAGACAUUCCUCUUCAAGUUACUGAUAGCAAGACUACAUAAUGGGGCAGCGGAGAAUAUAUCACAUCCCAUUGUACGAGGAAUAUAA